UCAUGACUGAGCUGCUGUUUACACAAUCAUAGCAUCAUUAUUAUAAAAUAUACAGAAAAGAAAAUGAGAAAAUAAAAUGUAAAUUUAGGCAUUUGGCAGACGCUUUUGUUCAAAGCAACUUACAAAGAUUUGAAAACAAUAAAAGCAAUGUGUCACAGGGAGCCAAUAGUACAAAAAGGUGCUUAUAACAAGAUACAAAUUUUCACUAUUUCUAAACAAAACCUGUUUGAAAGAAAAAGAAAGUUGAGUUAGUUUAGGUAUUGAAAAUGCAACGCCUCCCCCUGUGACAGACUCUUCACAGUUUGGUUUAGGGAGAACUAUGAUAGAUCACUGGCCGGCUCACUGAAUCCCUUACAAGAGUCCCGCCCCCGACCAGUGGGUUUAAAACCCACCGAGCAUCAUUAAAAAACCUUUGAGUAAGGGGAGAUGGAGGCAAGACUGCCCUUAUGGGGUUCAUACUACUCCCUUCCCUUACUCGACGCCCUCCUUCUCAGAAACCUCAGGAGGAGAGCCAAGCAAGUGAUAACGUUAUGCAAUACGUAUCUUAUACUCUGUGUUUGGGUAUUCAGGGUUUUAUUAGUCUUGUUUUAGAGUUAAACAAUCUUUUAAUCUUCACAUGGCCUUUAGAAGAUCCAGGGGUCUCAUUUAUAAAGCGUGCGUACGCACAAAACUGGGCUCGAAACGUGCGUACGCCAGCACGCAAAGAUUGUGAUUUGUAAAAAAAAAUCAAACUUAAUGGGAGAAUGGGCUUGCAAAGUGGUUUCUGAGGAUGAUUCAUGUACGCACACUUGCAGGUGAUGUGUGAUUUAUAAAAGGAAAAUUGCUUUGUUUUAUAAGUCUUAAUAUUUUUUGGCUUUUGUGCGUACGUAGACUUUUAGUAAGGAUCCUACGCACAGUUUUAUAAAUGGGGCCCCAGAUGAUUUAACUUCCUCUUAAAAAUGUGUCUUGUGGAAUAUUCCUAAAUUUUCAGAGGGGAGAAUGUGUUGGAAACUGGACUGAGUGAAAUCCUGGGGACAUGACUAAAAUGUGAAUUAUGUAAUGGUAAAAAUAUUUAAAGCAAAGAUGGGAUAUGGAGCUACACAAAAAUUGAAAAAAAUUAUAAGACAUCUGAAGAAUUUUAUGCUUUAUAUUUAAAGGGAAGAUAAUGAGCUGAUAACAAAUAACAAAAACAAACACUGUUUUUCCGUGUUCUAUAUGGUUUUAUAAAUAUUUUAAAAUAUAUUUUUUAAUUUGGGGUAAAUUAACAUGCAGGAUACUUUGCCUAAUAAUAACAAUUAUUGUGGAGUUAGUUUUCUUGCAUUUUUAUAUAAUGUCCUGGGGACCGAAAUGAAUGGCUAUGUUUGCAUGGAUAACUUGUUGAGGUUGAGGUAGAUUAGCUACCCAGCAUACAACUGUUGCUGUAAUCCGCUCUGAGAGGAUAGACUUAGUUAGGACAACUAGCAGUCUGGCACUACACUGCCAUAUUGUUUGUUAUUUUGUCAUAAAUAAAUAAAUAUAUGAUUUAAAUUAUGCUUUUUUAGUUUUUCAGUGAGAAAACGACAUUAUUGCUAUUUUUUACGUCAGUAGCGCCAGCAAUACCUAACGUUACAUUGAACCGACGAUGAAGGACCGACUGGACCAACUAAAAGCGAAGUCCGAUCAAACUCCUGAUGAUGUGGAAAUUCCAGUGGAAAAUAAAGAGUUUAUGGAUGAGUUUUUCAUACAGAUUGAGGAAAUCCGAAACAGUAUAGACAAGAUUGAUGAGAAUGUGAAUGAGAUAAAGCGACUAUAUUCCGUCAUCCUCUCUGCACCUACAUCAGAGCAGAGGACACAGGAUGAGUUGGAGGCAGUUACCAACGAGAUAAAGAAACUGGCCAACAAUGCUCGCAACAAACUCAAAAGCAUUGAGCAGAGUUUGGCAGCUAACACAGAGGAGAGAAUUUCGGCAGACGUACGAAUAAAGAAAUCCCAGCAUGCCAUUCUUGCUAAGAAGUUUGUGGAGGUGAUGACCAAAUACAAUGAAGCACAACUGGAGUUUCGAGAGAAGAGCAAAGGACGUAUCCAGAGACAGCUAGAGAUAACUGGCAAAACCACUACUGAUGAGGAACUGGAAGAAAUGCUGGAUGGAGGGAAUGCAGCAGUGUUCACAGCAGGGAUAAUGGACUCUGGGAUUUCAAAGCAGGCCCUAAGUGAGAUUGAGGCACGACACAAAGAUAUAAUGCGACUGGAGAGCAGCAUAAAGGAGUUGCAUGACAUGUUUGUGGACAUUGCAGUGCUUGUAGAGAAUCAGGGAAGCAUGAUAGACAGGAUUGAGAGUAACAUGGACCAAUCGGUGGGCUUUGUGGAAAGAGCGGUAGCUGACACUAAAAAGGCUGCCAAGUUCCAACAGGAAGCACGCAGGAAAAAGAUGAUGAUCAUAGUGUGUUGCACAAUUCUUGCGGUCAUCUGUGGUUCUCUGGUGUAUAGCUGGCUGACAUAAGCUUUCUGCAAGGUGAAGAAGCUGUGAUCAAUCAGAAGAAGCAUCUUAGUGCCGAUGAGACAUGUUUACUGUGCUUCUUUUUCCCCGAUUCCGGAAAUAUAUAUACUUUUUGUUCAUUCUUUCUUCAAUUUAACUGGCCUUGCACUUUUAGAUGCAUUAUAGUAAAAUGUGACGUACUAGCUACCUUGUAUUAUAUAUAAAGUUCUGUUGUGAAUGUAUUUUAUUUACAGUCAACUUGUUUCAGGGAAGUUUUAUUAUUUUGUGUAUUCAGAUAAAACAUACAUAAGGGGAUGAUUAUUUAAUUUUAGAUGCCUCAUUUUUGUAACUGACAAGGGGACCCUAGACUUUUAAUGUUGUGUGUGCACAUUCUUAUUUGCAAAAAUAUAAUGUUUAGAGGAUAAUAGGGAUCCCUUCGUUAUUUAUCAUUUGUUUAUAUACCACUGUGGAGUAGCACAUAGUUGAUUGUAUUUCCAAAGUUUUUACUUGUGUAAGUGAUAUGUAUAGUAUUGCAUAUUUUUUAAAGUAAUUACAUUUAUAUAGGCCUGUGAGUACAUGUGAUUAAAAGACUGAAAUCAAAUUAAGUAAACUUACAAAUUAAUUUGUAUUAUCUAUGCAAGCAGUUUAUUUACCAGAACAAGUUUACUAGUAUACCGAAAAUUACAGAUUGAUAUACUGAGUAAACAGACUAUUAAAACGUUAAGCAAAACCUGUAUAUUCAUAAAAGUCUACUUUUAUUAA